AUGCCUGAACAGAUGGGAACGCCUAACAACUCUACGACUUGCGCAGGAGGCAAUGUGAAAUCCCAGCAAUCAACGAUAUGGCCGUCGAAAGGCAAAGAGGUAGAAAUCAAGGUAGUCUCUGCCGACGGCAUCGCGCUGUAUGUGCCCGAGCAUCUUCUGAAGUCACAUAGCGAAGUCCUGCGCUCCAUGAUCAACGAUAUCGGAAGUACCGACACCCGCCUCAUAGAGUUCUCCGACCCCGACAUUGAAGGCUACAAGACCCUGCAUCUCUUCCUCGCUGUCGUCACUCAAAACAGCCUUGAGGGCGCCAUUGCCCGGGAUGAAACCGGCGGAGGGCGGGGAGAGACAUUGCUAUCCGCCCUGGACCUACCUCACAUCGCGGCAAAGGUCAUCGAGCUCUACACACCCAAGACGGAUGCAGCCGACUCUGCUUCAAAGUCGCCGACAUCGACUUGGCCUUUUCUGUUGUCGGGGGGACUGGUUGACAUUGGUAAAUUGGAGGACGAGGCUUGGCAAGUGAUUCCUGGCAAGUAUCUCCGAGCGCUCCAUCGAGCAUCGACCAAUUCCGCCGGCGCGAGACUCUGUAGUUAUUGUAAUGAUUAUACUAGCAAGGAGGCAAAUAGUGCACAGAGAGCUGCAAAGUUCUUGGAGGAAGUGACCGGUCCCAAAAAGAAUUGA